AUGGCAAACCAAACAUUCUUCUACUGUUCUCUAUUGGCCAUCGUCAUCUUCUUGGCUCCCUCUUCUUCAGCUCAGAAAACCAUAACCGUCGAGCUAAUCCACCGUGACUCUCCCCGUUCUCCACUCUACAACCCUCUCCACACCGUCUCUGACCGUCUCAACGCCGCUUUCCUCCAUUCAAUCUCCCGUUCCCGCUAUUUCUCAACCAAAACCAAUCUCAAAUCCGGUAUAGUCGGAGCCGGUGGUGCAUACUUCAUGACCGUUUCAAUCGGUACUCCACCAAUGAAAGUCCUGGCCAUCGCCGACACAGGAAGUGAUCUAACUUGGAUCCAGUGCAAACCAUGUCAACAAUGCUACAAACAAGACGGUCCAAUCUUCGACAAGAGCAAGUCUUCGACGUACAAAACCGAACCUUGCAACUCCAAAGCUUGCAACGAGUUAUCCGAAGAUAUAGAAGGAUGCGACAGAUCGAAAAACAUCUGUAAAUACAAUUACCCUUAUGUAGACAAUUCGUUCUCCAAUGGAGAUGUUGCAACCGAAACAGUAUCCAUUGGCUCUUCCUCUGUUUCUUUCCCCGGUACAAUCUUCGGUUGCGGUUACAACAACGUCGGUACGUUCCCAGAUACCGGAUCAGGACUCGUCGGCCUAGGAGGCGGUCCGUUAUCUUUAAUUUCCCAGCUCGGUUCUUCGAUAGGGAAAAAAUUCUCGUAUUGCUUGCCCCACUCAUUUACAUCAAACGGCACAGGCUUCCUAAACCUAGGAGCCAACUCGAUACCUUCCAACCCAAGCAAAGGUUCCGUUGUGGUCACUACGCCGUUAGUCGCCGGAAACCCAGACACUUUCUAUUACUUAACUCUCGAAGCAAUCACCGUCGGCCAAACCAAGCUUCCGUACACCAGAGGAGGACGAUCCGGUGGGGAAUCAAAGAAGACAACCCCCGGGAACAUGAUAAUCGAUUCCGGAACUACACUUACGCUACUCGAUUCCAGAUUUUACGAUGGUUUUGGUGCGGCGGUGGAAAAAUCUGUGACCGGAGCUAAGCGUGCGAGCGAUCCACAGGGGGGUUUACCUCUGUGUUUCAAAACCGUAGGCAAAGCGGUCGGUUUUCCGGCGAUAACAAUGCAUUUCACGGGAGCCGACGUGAAGCUGAGCCGGAUCAAUGCGUUCCUGAAAACGGGUGAAGACACGGUGUGCUUGAGUAUGGUUCCGUCACCUGAUGGCGUCGGUAUGUACGGGAAUUUGGCUCAGAUGGGUUUUCUUGUCGGGUACGACUUGGAGACUAGAACGGUGUCGUUUCAACACAGGGACUGCGCUCGUCCCUUGUGA